GAAUGAACCAUGUUCGGUAACGGAGGCUUAGCUCUCCUGGUUUGCUCCUUUCUCCUCCUACACCUCCCGGUUCUCCCGCUAACGAACAACUGGCCCGUUAAGGACAGAAGUGAAGGGAGGGUGGACAUUCAUCUACAAUCACGCUCUUCUGGAGCUCACAAUGCCCAACAGACAAGCAACAAGGAGGAUGUGUUUCAGUGGUGGGGGGAGUGGUCCAGUUGGUCCUCUUGUUCCAGGAGCUGUGGAGGAGGAGUGAAGAGCCAGGAGAGACACUGUCUCAUACAGCGGCUGUCCACCACCCAGAACGUUAACAGCUCAUAUUGUGUUGGCUCUCCUAAACAGUACCAGCUCUGUCCAAACCAGCCCUGUCCCAGCCCCAGUGUGAGCUUCAAACAGCACCAGUGUUCUCAAUUCAAUUCCAAAGCCUUUGGGAGAAGAUACUACCAGUGGAUACCUCUUUACCCAGCUGAUUACAUCAGCAUCUCCAAUAAGCCAUGUGACCUGCAGUGCACAACCAUCAGUGGUGAGCGGCAGCUGCUAGUUCCUGCCCACGAUGGGACAUUCUGCCGCGAUGCCAAAUACCAUGGAGUCUGUAUAGAAGGGAUAUGUCAGCCUGUAGGUUGUGACGGGGAGCUGUACAGCAGUAAGACAGUAGACAGAUGUGGAGUGUGUGGAGGCAAUGGGACAUCUUGCCAGCGCAUCUCUGGAUCAUACAGGAAGGCACUCACACAGUUAGGCUAUGUGUUCAUCACCAACAUCCCUGCUGGAGCAUCAGACAUUCAGAUCAUAGAGAGACAUAAGACUGAGAACAUCCUGGCCCUGUCAGAUGAAGCUGGGCAUUUCUUCUUCAACGGAAACACUGUGUUUGACAAUCCUCAAAACUUCCGUGUGGCAGGAACAGUGUUUAAAUACCGACGCCCGAGCAAUAUAUUCUCUGAUGGGCUGGAGUACAUCAUUGCCCAGGGACCAACACUUCAGGGUCUCAAUGUUAUGUACUACAACCUGAACGGGAAGCUUCCCCACAUCGCCUACGAGUACACCAUCCCCAACACAUCUCAUGACAUCACUGCUGCGGAGGGCAUCACCACAGGCCCUGCCCACUCCCAUCUUAACCUCACCUAUAAUGAGGUAAACGAGCACGUGAGAGGGGAUGAACUUAGAGCUGAUGACCAAUCAGAUGUCCAGCUGCAGGAGGAAGAGGAGGAAAGGGAACAGGAGGAAGUAGUGUGGGAGAUCAGGACACCCAGCCCUCCACCGCCAGCUGCCAUGUUGGUCUACAGACCUGCUGAUGUCACAAGUCACGUAUUCAGCCACAAUGAUGUGGAGGAGCAGGGACCUCCUGUCCCAUCUGGUUACAGAAGUUCAUCCAACUCGAUUGACGAGCCAUCCACUGAUGAUGACAACACUCUAGUGCUCCCUCUCCCUGGUAGUCAGAGUGUUCACUCUGCAGCCCUGCCAGAAGACGCCCCCUACCUGCUACUAGAGGACCUACACUACAACCAGACACACUCAAACACACACUCUCUCACACAAUCAAACACUCACUCUGGUAUAAACACACUCACUGAUCGACAUUCAGCUGCAGGAACACAUGUGAAAACGCCGUCUGCCACAGACACAGAAAUACACACACACCCACAGCUGGAAAUACACUCAGACAUGCUCACAGCUACUGACACACACUCUGUUACACAUACAGAAACUGGCACACACUCACACACACACACUGGCAUCUUGGUACAGCUGCAACAGGUGCCUGCAGUGCAGGCUGCCAACACAGAGAGUAAUGACUUUGAUGUGGGUCUGGAGCCAGACAUUAGUCUGGCAGACAUGUAUCGCUGGAAGGUUUCUGCUUAUGCUCCUUGCAGUUCAACCUGUACAACAGGUAUCACCACAAGCUACGCCCUGUGUGUCCGCUAUGAUGGGAGCGAGGUGGAUGACACUUACUGUGACUCUCUGGCCAGACCUGAGCCCACACAUGAGUUCUGCACUGGGAAGGAAUGUCCUCCAAGAUGGGAGACCAGUGGAUGGAGUGAGUGCUCUCGGACCUGUGGUGAGGGCAUUCAGUACCGUACAGUGCGCUGCUGGAAGAUGCUGUCACCCGGUCUGGACUCCUCUGUCUACGAUUCACUGUGUCUGUCACAUGACUUUCACAAACCAGCCAAUAGGAAGGUGUGCCUUGGCCAGAGCUGCGGGCCCCAGUGGGAGGUGUCUGAGUGGUCAGAGUGCUCGGCACGCUGUGGCUCUCGGGGUGUCCGCUCUCGGGAGGUGCGUUGCUCCAUGGAAAUGAGACUAUGUAACAAGUCUUCUCAGCCAAUAGAGAGCCAGGAAUGUGAGGGCCCGCCCUGUGACAGAAGAUGGACAGUUUCUGACUGGGGACCUUGCUCCGGUUUGUGUGGAGAGGGAAGGAUGGCACGCGCAGUAACAUGUCGAUCAUCAGGGGGGUUAGUGAUGUCAGAGGAGCAGUGCGACCAAUCCCUGCGCCCACUGGCCAUCUAUCCCUGUGGAGACAGGGAUUGCGCCCCCCACUGGGUGGAACAGGAAUGGCAGCAGUGUAACGCUACUUGUGGGCGCGGCGUGCGGCAGCGUCAGGUGGUCUGUGCAGGGCUGGAAGGUGGUGUGUUCAAAGAGUUUCCAGACAGCAGCUGUGACCGAAGCAACAAACCAGAGACCAGCUCCUCCUGCUUCCAGAGACCCUGCUCCAAAUGGUUCACCACAUCCUGGUCUCAGUGCAGUAAGACCUGCGGGAGUGGCGUUCAGGUUCGAGAGGUGAAGUGUUACCAGGGGGAGGAGCUGGUAACCAGGGGCCACAGCUGCGACUCUGCCCUCAAACCUGAAGCCAGACAGAGCUGUGAAAUCCAAAGCUGUCCGACACAAGCACCAGCAGCAUCAGUCGUGGUAGAAGACUCCUGCCAGGACAAAGCAACAGCCAACUGUGCCCUGGUCCUAAAGGUGAAACUAUGCUCCCACUGGUACUACAGGAAGGCCUGCUGCCAGUCCUGUAAAGCACCAAGACCCUGAAGUCUUCACUGUAACCUCUCACCUCCAAACACUAACCACUGGUACCAAAGGUCACAUUACAUUCACAUUGGUGCUACACGAAAGCCUGCUGCUAGCAAUGUAAGGCCUUACCACAGUCAUUUAACCUCCUGUCACUGAUGUCAAAGGUCAACCUGUGGUCACAUGUCAACGUUAUACCUGGUUUCCUCACACCCACAAUUGCCUUUGCAAGUAAAUCUGUAUCAUCACUGCUAAAGAUUACCAAUCACAAUUACCGCUAGCGCUCCCUUAAAGAGUCCCCAUUAAAAUAGGUCUGCAGACAAACAACAGUUCCUGCUCAGUAUGUGGAAGUUAAUGACACGGCGUGCAAGGCUUUAGCCUGCCCCAUCUGACAUCUGACAGAGGCCCUGAAUGUUUACCCAGCGUGCAACCACAUCUACUCACUGAGUACGUCCUCCCCGGACAAUGUGAAGCUUUAGGACUCAUUGGGGUUUUAUUUCAUCUGUUUCCUUCACUGCAAAUCAGAGGGAGAAACCACUGUUUGCGUCUUUAUCUUUAUACCAAUACUUUGCUCUGUCACCCUCAACAGUUUAAUGCCUGGGCCACAUCGCCUGCGUGAGCAGCAGGGAACCUGUGUUUUUUUUUUUUUUUUGUCCAUGUUGACAGGUCAGAGCAGCCACACU